AGUUCUGUCGUUUUCAAAGUUGAAAGUGAAGCAGCUUUAGAGCGUGUCUGGACUAUUGAUCACUUUAAUGUCGAGCUACUCAGCUUCAUCUUUCAAACUAUAUCAUUACUAAUCCACAUCUUUUUGUUUCUAAUUAACUGACUGCAGGUUUUAAUUUCCAUUUGGGGCCUUAAUCACCGAGCCACAGACUACAGUAUAAGGUUAUCGAGGAACUGGUAUUUAUUAUAUCCCAAUUCGUUCCUCACUUCUUUCGAUCAAUUUGCUGCAGCUUAAGAAAAGAUUAUGAAGGAAGAGGAAGGAGAGGAGUACCUGUUCAAGAUAGUAGUCGUCGGCGACUCGGCGGUCGGAAAAUCCAACCUGCUGUCCCGGUUCGCCAGGGAUGAGUUCGACCACCACUCCAAAGCCACAAUCGGAGUUGAGUUCCAGACCCAAGUUGUGAUGAUCGACGGAAAGGAGGUGAAGGCCCAAGUCUGGGACACCGCCGGACAAGAACGCUUCCGGGCGGUCACCUCUGCUUACUACAGAGGAGCUGUUGGUGCUCUUAUUGUCUAUGACAUUACCCGCAGGACUACCUUUGAGAGCAUCAAACGCUGGCUAGAAGAGCUCGAUACUCACUGUGACACGGCAGUAGCAAGGAUGCUGGUGGGUAACAAGUGCGAUUUGGAGGACAUUAGAGACGUGAAGGUGGAAGAGGGAGAAGCCCUAGCAAAAGAAGAAGGGCUGUUCUUUAUAGAAACCUCUGCAUUGAACUCUACCAAUGUCAAUACCGCCUUUGAGAUUGUGAUUCGCAAGAUCCACAAAAAUGUUAGCAGGAAGCUGCUCAACUCUGAUUCCUACAAAGCUGAAUUGUCAGUCAACCGGGUCAACCUCUUAAAUGGGACCGAUGCGUCUAAGCAAAACAUGAACAAUUGCUGUUCCACAUAAUUUUUGUUUUGCCUUUGCCAUUGCACUUUUGCUUCUCCUACUGCUUAAUUCUAUUCAUGAUCUUGCGGUAUGUACACAAUGGUAUAUUUUCUAUAUAUAUGAGUAAUUAAUUUAUUUUAAAUUUGCAGUCGCGAAAGUAUUGCAAUGAAUGUAAGACCUAGAUAAAUGAUGAGGUGUAGUUUAUCUGUUUCAUGUGGUUGUGUUGCAAAAUUGGCAAUGAGAUACAAUUGUGUUAGCAAUGGAUAUGAGAGACAUGGAUAAAUAAAGUUUAAUGGUGGCCCUUUGUUGAGCC